CCGGCAUCGCGGACAUAUGUGUACUGACGAUGUAUCAUUGGAGCGAGAUGGGGAUUCACCACUACCCGCGAUCACUCUGCUGCAGGGGUGAUACAUCCUGUCGGCGCGGCGGCUGAGACCUGAUUGGAAUCAAUUCGUGCGAACAAUUUCGCGGGGUAUAAACCACCGCCACGGAUACCACGUAUGCCAACGUUUAACAUUACACCGACCUCAGCAACCUUACGAGAAAGACUAGACCCUGAACCUAUCGGCAACACUACAGACAUCAUUGUACCACGUUUCGAAUCGACGACCGGGACAUAUCGAUCCAGAAGGCUCCUCACGACGAGCCUGCAAUUCGCGCCUAGCACACGUCCUCAUUUGGUCAGCCACAUCGUAAGAGGCGCAGCUCCUUGCAAGCAUGCAAAGCGCUCUCUCCAGGCUCUGCAGCUUGUGCAAUGACAUCGAUUUCUCGGCCCUUGUAUGGCCAACUCUGCACAUGAAGCAAGUCACAACGGCGAAGAUCGAUUUGGGCGAGGCUCAAGAUGUCAGAGCACGAGCCUCGGAAUGCGACUUCUGUCACUUGAUUAUCAGCCGAUUGGAUCGGGUUGAAGAUCCCGAUAUCGAGAAAAACGCCCACGAUCGAUGUUGGCUAGGGACAAAAUUGUUUGACUCGGCGCAGGUUGUAACGGAGAGACCAGGCAACGGGGAGAUGUUCGAAGUCUGCUGGCUAUACAUCGAAAUCGCUCCCACGACAUUCAAAGGCUUUGUUGGGCCGAUAGUGCCUGAUAUAAUCUACAAACCAGGUGUCCAGAACCCGACUUCGUCAGAUGCAACCAUCCAAUCUCGGCCGUGGACUCUGAUGCACCUGCAGGGCUGUAUAGAUCCGAUCCCCCAUGUUGAUACGUACUGCCAAGGUGAUGGUUUGUUGGCAGCACCACUGUGGGAAAGCCGAUACAGCGGGCGGUUGCGAGAUCCUGUUCUCCACCAUGAUUUACCUCGUCGCUGGCUUCAAUUGUGCAUGGAGCACCACAAGAAAGACUGUUCGUCCGUCCCACAUCCAAUCGUGGACGACUUUAGAGUCAUCGACGUGCGAGAAAUGGCGAUCGUGAGGGCUCAAAGAGCAUGCCAGUACGUCGCUCUGAGUUACUGCUGGGGGAGUUCGUCGACUGUCCUGCUAAAGCGCGAUAACAUUGAAAGCUUCGCCGUGGCACGAUCUUUGAGCAACAUUACCCUGCCAAAUACAAUCACCGAUGCUGUGACUGUCACGCGUGGAUUGGGAAUUCGUUACCUGUGGGUGGACGCGCUGUGCAUUGUGCAGGAUGACACAGCCCUGUUGCUGAAGCAGAUACCUCAGAUGGCCCACAUCUACGAGCAAAGUGUAUGCACUAUUAUCGCGGCGGCUGCAGAGAAUGCAGACGGUGGGCUUGCAGGUGUGCGCUCCGGCACACGAACUAUCAAUUCCAUUACGAUAAGACUCCCAGGUAUGAAUCUCGUAACGGCUGCCGAAGAUCCGGAACUUCCGGGAAAUAACAGUUUAGAGCGUCGAAUGGAUUUAAUGGACUAUAGGUGGCGCUCACGGGCGUGGACCCUGCAAGAAGAAGUGGUCAGUCGCAGGAAGAUAUUCUUUGAAGGGGACCGAAUAUUUUGGUGUUGCUCGCACGGCAUACUGACUGAAGAAACCGUCAAAGAGGUGGCAACAGCCCGUCGUUCGAUCAGAAAUAAUCGAAGCGAUACUGUUUCCAGUUCAUUCCUUGAGAUAAACACCAUGUCCGAGAGUAUCAUGGAUAAGGAUUUCACGCCAGCCUUAUACGAAAGGAUCGUCAUGUAUUACUCCGAACGCAACUUAUCUUUCCCAUCAGAUUCCAUCAACGCAAUAAGUGGCAUCCUUCUUCAGUUCAGCCAGAAGCACCGUUUCAAAUUCACAUGGGGCCAUCCUGAAGCCUGGUUCGCUUCAUCACUGCUCUGGACUACAAACUAUCAGUGUUCACCGAACGGCGGGGUCCAGAAGGUUACUUGGGGCGACAGCACAGAAGCCGAGAUUCCGAUCCCUACAUGGUCAUGGGCCGCAUGGGUGGGUAAACUCGAUGGCGACCGCGUUUUUUAUAAAUUCGCUCUCAGGCCUUAUCGAAGCACACGCGGAUACUGGUGUCCACUGUUCUAUCGAUGCACGAUCGAUGCCCGCAACAAGCCGCUGCCAUACGCCUGCCUGAAUCCCGAAAGCCUUCAAGGGCUUAACGGAAACCAAUCGCAUCCUAGCUGGGUGGGUCGCCCGCAGCACAUCGAUCUUUCAACUUCAGGUCCAACUCAGAAUGCUCUGGAUUCCGGGCUGCUUCGGUUCUGGACAAGCGUGGCAACCGUGUACGUUGGCAAACGAAGCACACUGUUGAGACGCGAAACGGUUGACCAUGUGCUCCUUAAUCAAAACGCCAUACCGCUCGAUAAUGGGUGCUUUAUCCAAUCACUGGAAACGCUGUCAUGGGCAGACGAGACACGAUACGAGCAUUACCCGACCGCUGUAGCUAACCUUAGAGAAGAUUUUGUUCAAGGUGUCCACAAGAUCCACGCUCUUGCGAUUGAGCUGCAUGAUCGGUUUGUCUCAAUUCUGAUCGUCGAGAAAGUAGGCAAUACAUACUACAGGCGGGGCAUUUGCUCGACUCAAGAGAACAGGUGGCUGAAAUCAGAUCCUAAGUGGUCCCUCAUUACGCUAGGAUGAGCGAGCCUGCAGAUGUUUCUGGAGUAGUAUCUGCAGGACAAACGCAAUGAGAAAUUUCACGCAGGUCCACAAAGUGCAUUAGAGAAGGCAGGUAGAGCAUUGUAUAUGACGGUAGUCCACACCAAUGCCCUAUUA